AUGGCGUUAUCUGAAGCUAUGAACAGCAUUGGUUCGGUGAUUGGUGGCAGAAGUAACAUCGAUGGCCCAGUCGAACUAUCACUACCUCGAGCUUGUGUUUCCUCGGACUCCGAGGAUGAAAACACUGCAGUGCGACUUCCCGACAUAGACCAGAGAAAGCCGCUAGGAAAAGACGCUAAAGACUCAAUGACGGAUUCAGACUCGGAUCAACAACAACAAUCCUCCUCACUCAAUUCAACCUCUUCCCCCUCUUGCUACUUCGAUCACCACCCCACCAGAGUAAAUCUACCUCCAUCACAGCAUAUACAGAAUGUGAAGAAGUCAUUCGAAGCUUCAUCUUCAGGCGGCCCACGAAGACGUGGAGCCAACCGAGGCAUCAAAGCAGCGAGGCGUAGAUUCCUGCUAGAAAAAGCCGCCAAGCAGCAAGAAGCUAAAGCAGCAUCCGAAGCCCUCGAAGCAGGAAACCAGACAAGCGACAUGUCGACCAAACCAUCUACCCCUCUGCUCAAUGGAUUGGGUGUCUCAAUCUCUUCCAGCAGCACGAGCUCGACUUUCCAGACAUCGGCACAUCAAAAAGCUACACCUCAGCCCGUGGGUCUGCUCCCAUCACAGUCUCUGUAUGCCCAGAAUCCAACCCCCUUCAGCACCAUAACCAAUGGUGUCUACAAUCAAUCAUCCUCGCACGGUCGGCCCAAUAGCAUCGUCCAGCAUCCACUGCCACGACUUCCGAAUGACUUCUCACACCUUUCAUCCGUGAUGACGCGUCGUGACCAUAGGAUCCAGAAUGAUUGGGCUCUUGGGGAAUACAUAUUCAUCAAGGUCUGCGACCUUCCAGACAGCGCCACAACUCGUGAUCUAUGGACAGCUUUCAGGCAUGAAGGCCACAUUGCGCACAUUCGGCUUUACCAAAAUGCGAAAGGCCAUCGAGAUGGCGGAGCCAAAGUGAAGUUCAGUCCACCACCAGCCAAGGCUUUCUGGAAGCGUGGAAAGUAUUCGAUACAGCUUGCUGGGGGUCGUACAAUAUCUGUUAGGGUAUAUAACGAGACUCGCCAACAAUCGGUUCUUCCAGUCCAGUCGAAGAGCAAAUACCCGGAGACCAUGACCAUGUAUGCUGAGUCCUUGGAUUUUGGCACUAUGUUCGAUCAGAUAACGAUGAUGAACAUGCGUAGAGUGCUGCCAACUAGAGAGACUGGGAUUAAGUUUUGCAUGAAUAUGUUCCACAAGGAGAUCUCGGUCGAGUUCCCGAUGCACAUUGUGGACCCACGAGCGACUUCUAACAACCCAAACAUGCGAAGAGGCAAGUACGAUAGGACAGAGCUCUUCCAAUUUCGGAUUCCUUUCACCCAGUUGAAGGUGAUUCACCGAAUAGAGGGACAAGGACACAAAUUGAUCCUUCUCAUCUCCAUGGAGACACCACCAAAGUAUUUCAAGCAGCUGGAUCCUUCGAAGAGUCACGAUGAUCAAGCAGUGACAUGGGGCGACAACGAUGCGUGGUAUCGUCAAACUGAUCUUGUAUACGUACCCAAUGAUCUGAAGAAGUCUUCCCUGACUUGGAAGAAGACAAAUCCGAUUAUCGACCUUGGACGCUGGACGACCUAUCAUUUGGUUUUCAAUAGUCCGGAGAAUGGUCUACCACAGUUCGACCAAAUGCGUGAAGCGUUACGCGACUAUAAUAUUGAGAUUGUACCUUUCCCUAAUUUCUACAUCACUUCGAAACGCGACGCCCCAGUCUGGAAGCUCAUCGACCUACCACUUAAGAAACGAAGCAACAAAGGAACCGGCUUGGAGGAGAUGAUCCAUGCCAACAAGCCACGGAUGGCGUUUGAAGCCCGCUAUCAACUCGAGGUCUGCUUCUCACAAGGAUUUCUGAACGAGCACAAUCUGAGCGAACACUUCAUUACGACACUCAUGAACAUGAACGUCGAACAAGCUCAGGACCUUCUCGAGUACAUUGCUAAUCAUGGGAAUCGUAUCUACGAUCCGAUGUUGUUGCUACAGGCAAUAAAUGGCAAGGCUUCGCUUUCCAGAACCAAAAUUCCAUCUUACUGCGCCUAUGUCCGUUCUGCAACGGUUACACCAACGACUGUUCAUUUCCUAACGCCAGUUGCGGAGACUUCAAAUCGUGUAAUACGCCAAUAUUCCCAAUACGCUGACCGAUUUCUUCGUGUCCGAUUCACGGAGGAGAAAACAGAGGGCAAGAUACAUCCAACCCAUAAGGAUACGAUGAACGAAGUGUUUACCCGCGUUAAGAGAGUAUUGACCAACGGUAUCAGAAUUGGCGAUCGUACAUACGAGUUUCUAGCUUGUGGCAAUUCUCAAUUUCGAGAACAUGGAGCAUACUUUUUCGCUCCCCUGCCAAAUUUGACUACAGAGAAGAUUCGACAAUGGAUGGGAAUGUUCAGAGAGAUCAAGACCGUGGCGCUCUAUACUUCUCGACUUGGCCAAUGCUUUUCGACUACACGGGCAAUACACGGUGCACGGGCUACUAUGGUUGAGAUCCCGGACAUCAGACGCAACGGACACAAUUUCACGGACGGCGUGGGUAGAAUUUCUCCAUUCCUUGCUCAUCUUGCGGCGUCAGAAUUGGGUAUACUCCAACACUCCCAAGAUCCGCCAAGUGUGUUCCAGAUUCGUGUUGGCGGCUGUAAGGGCGUGCUCGCCAUUUCCCCGGACUCUGUUGGAAGGCAAAUUCAUAUUCGCAAGAGCCAGUACAAAUUCCCUGCGAUGGACGAGAACUUGGAGAUAAUCCGAUGGUCUCAAUACGUUUUCGCCAAUCUGAAUCGCCAACUUAUAUUGAUUCUAUCUGCUUUGGGGGUCCCGGAUCAAGUGUUUGCUCGAAAGCUGCAAACGCAGUUGUCACGACUCGAGCGGGCUAUGACUGACGAGACAAUGGCAUUGGCUAUCUUGCAAAAAGAAAUCGAUCAUAAUCAAAUGACGCUGACUGUCGCGAGCAUGGUAUUGGACGGUUUUCAGAAGACGAGAGAACCGUUCGUGACUUCUCUGUUACAGUUGUGGCGAGCAUGGUCCAUCAAAUAUCUGAAAGAGAAGGCGCGGAUAACGAUCGGUUCCGGCGCUCUCCUUUUGGGCUGUGUGGACGAAACGGCAACUCUUCGAGGCCACUUCAACGAUAGUCCAAAACUCUCAGCAGACGCUUCCAACGAUGAAAAGGCCAGACAUGUACCACAGGUUUUUGCUCAAAUCUCCAAAAACUCUGACGGAAGACCUGAAGUCAUGCUCGGACCAAUGCUGCUCGCUCGGAACCCUUCUCUCCAUCCAGGAGAUGUUCGAGUUGUCUGCGGUGUGGACGUUCCACAGCUUCACCAUCUGAAAGACGUAGUAGUUCUGCCUCAAACGGGUGACAGAGAUGUUGCGGGAAUGUGUUCUGGGGGCGAUCUAGAUGGAGACGAUUUCCUCGUCAUUUGGGACCAGGACUUGUUGCCUAGUGAGUGGAACCAUGAGGCCAUGGACUAUUCUCGACCUCCUAUGGAACAGCCCAACGAGAACAUUGGGAUCGACGAUCUGACGACCUUUUUUGUGACUUACAUGAAAAAUGAUACCUUGGCGCGAAUAGCGCAUGCCCAUACCGCAAAUGCCGACUAUUUGGAAGAAGGCGUGAAGGAAGCGAGAUGCCUGGAGCUUGCCAAUCUUCAUUCUAUGGCUGUGGAUUACGUCAAGACUGGUCAACCAGCUCAGUUGACCCGCGACCUAGAGCCUCUGAAAUGGCCUCAUUUUAUGGAGAAGGUCGGCAAAAAACAGCAUCAGAUCUACACAUCGAAAAAGGUGCUGGGACAACUUUACGAUCAAGUUGAACGCAUAGAUUUUGUUCCUGCGUUCACUGCGCCUUUCGACCCGCGAAUCUUACGAGCAUACAGACUCGAUGAGAACAUCCUCCAGAGUGCGCGUGAGAUCAAAGACGAGUACGAUGCGCACAUGCGUCGCAUCAUGGCGCAGCAGGAGAUCAAAACCGAGUUUGAGGUCUGGUCAACCUUCGUGUUGCAGCACUCGAGUACAAACAAUGCCUUUAAAUACCAUGAGCAGAUUGGAGAGAUCUCCAUGGCACUCAAAGACCAGUUUCGACUUAUAUGCCAUGAGCGUGCCGGAGGAAAAGACUACAAGCAUAUCGGUCCAUUCGCUGCAGCCAUGUAUGAAGUCACGGCCGGAGAAGUGACCGCAGCUGUCGAAGAAUGCCAUCGCGUUCAGCUCGUUGGCGGCCAAUCGAGACCCCUACGAGAGAUGACUGCAUCUGCCAUGCCUUUGAUGAGUUUUCCAUGGCUGUUCCAGGACGUCCUUGGCAAGAUUGCAAAGAGCAAUACUUCUGAGGCCGAGGGUCCAAUUUCCGUGCGAGGAGAAAUCGGCUCGAAGGCCGCAGUCCCACCGGAUGAGAUCAAGGCACCUCAACCAAAGCCGAGUCGUGUUGGUCCUAGUAUGUUAGAUUCGAGCGACUAUUUGGAGACCUCAGAGGACACUACACAUCCUGGAGUAUUGCUUGAGCUCUUCGGAAGGUCCAGAGAGUCUUACGAACGUGACAGGCCUACCGCGGCGGAAUAUAUACCCUCUAGUUCAAUUAGCGCUAAGUCAUUCAACUCAUCAAUGGGCUCGAGCGUGGAACACGGCUCUUCGGCGAACGAGGGCUUGAUUGAUUUUUCGUCUUCGAGCUCACCGGAGCUUCUGGCUCGGAAGUUUCAUGAUGACCAUUAUUACAAUCCUGAAGCAUCAGUGGAGGGCAACUUCAAGUCUACGGCUAGGUCAGUUAGCCAUCUCCGUGGAUCAGAAAGACCCUUGGACAGUCAAGGGAGGAUAGAAGUAGCACGGCUAGCCGGAGAGGAGCAGACUGCUGCGCUCAACGAGGCGUUUUUUGGAGGAAUCUUGGGGGAUGACAAGGAUCUCAGUAUCGAGUCUGAUUGCACCAUACCUGAAGGAUCCAAUCUACGACUGUUGACUGAUCUGAUGAUGGGUCUGUCCGCUCCCUCGGACGAGCCAGAAGACCGGAAGUUGAAAUCUUUCCACAAAGAGAAGAAAAAAGCUCUUGAGGAUGUGUUCUUUGGCAGAGCAGAAGAGCAGGCAGUUAAGACAAGUCAGCUGUCAACGGUCGACCUUAGCGAUGAGGUGGAAAGGGAUGAGGAAAAGGAGAGAACCAUGAAAGAGGAGGAGAACAAUCACGAAGCUAACAAUGAGGUGGGCUAUUCCAGUGACAGCGACGCUGAGUCAGACGAAGUGAUUGUGUCUAUUGAUACCAAAGGUAACUUGCUUGACCAGUUGGCAACGAUUGCCGAAGAUGACGCGGUACCGGGAUCUACGAUGAUGCCAUCGCAGCCACUGAUUCCCCCUUUGCUAUCUCCCAAUCUCUCCGCCCAACCUUGCACCUCUCUCACGCUUCUCACCUCGACCCUCGGCGCCACAACAAAUUGGCUGGUCUUGCGGUUCGUAUGUGCCACAUUGAAGAGCAAGGGCUACGGCACUGGCCAUGAUUGCCACGGUACUCAGGGUGAUCCUUUCGACCAAAGGAUAGUGCUGGUGAGCUGGCUCAGGGAUUGGGCAUGGUGGAGGGAGAGCGGACGGAAGCUGGGCAUCGAUUUCCAGAGAGUGCAUCUCAUUGAUGCUCUGAGUAAUGGAUUAGGCAUGGGUGCUGGAGGGUUAGCCGAUGUGAAGAAAGCGAUCAUGAAAGCUAUUGGAAGCAAGAAGACUCCAACCGGCGGAGGCAACGUUAUACUGAUCCUAGACGGCUUAGACUUCUUGCUUGCGGCUACAGGGUGGGAGGUGCUGGGGAUGCUGGAUAUGAUUGGUGAACUUAGAGAGCACGUCUACUCCACUAUUAUUGCCACAGCUGCCGACAUGCCCCUUUCUCAAUCGCCCACUACCCCUCUCGAAAUAUCUCACGCAGCUUUCGUGAUGAGCUUAGCGCAUCAGGCGAGAUCGAUCUUGAGCGUGAGGGGACUCGAUACAGGCGUGGCGAAGGAUGUCAGUGGUGUCCUAAGGAUUAGCAAAGGAGCCGAGGAGUCGAGAGAUGAGGGAGAUGUAGAGGAGAGGGAAUGCCUGUACUAUCGCGAGGACAACCUAGCCCAAGAUGACGAAGGACGCUGCGGUCGCCGCUCUCUUCACAUCCAGAAGCACACGUGCUCGUCAUGCGGCUAUCCUGCUGCUAAGAUCCGCCAAUACAACUGGGGCAUGAAAGCCAAGCGAAGAAAGACCACCGGUACCGGCCGCAUGCGCUCGAUGAAGGAGGUGCCGCGCAAGUUCAAGAAUGGGUUCCAGACUGGUGCACCAAAGGGAGCGAGGGGGACGACUACGAAUCCAGCGUAG